AUGGGAUUCCGUCUCCUGGUGCCUUCUGGCGAAGGGCAGCAUGCGCUCCUCCCCAAGAGACCAGACCCCCUCGGCGCAAAUGCGACGCUCCAGUACUCGGUCCUCGGCUCGACCGCCGCCGCCGCCGCGUAUACGUCCUUUGCUACGCGAUACAGUCAACGAGUGAUUCCAGGCUAUGCUCUCUCGAGAUCGGCGCUCUUCAUACGAUCGUCGGCGAAACUGGGUCUACUUGCAGGUGUGCUGGGGGCAGCGGCGGAGUUGUAUAGCAACUCGCGGUUCACGUCGGUCGUGCUCUCGCAAAACAAUCAAGAUGCUUCGCCCUGGAAGCUAUAUGAAAAGGCGAAGAGCUUCACCAUCGACGAUGGCUGUCUCAUCGGCGGAGGACUAGGACUUGCUAUAUCGGUACCCGCCCUCUUCAUACGCCGGCUUGCUAUUCCGCGCUGGACAAGAUGCUUGGGCUUGGCAAACAUAGGAGCAUGCGCAGGGGUUCUCGCUGGGCAUAGCUAUCUGCAGUAUACCGGCGAGCGAAAACGGGCCUACGCGCGCCUCACGCGACGGCAAGAGCGACGCUCCAUCGCCUUCUGGGAUCUGUUCUGGGAUAAGCAGGCAAUGGCAAGGUUCAACCCUUUGGUGCAAUUGUAUAUUCGCCACAACACAUUGUGGUACGCGCAGCAACUUCCAGACUCGGCCUUCAGCCAGGCUGAUGAUCAGGACGCCGCCUCGGCCCAACCUCGAGACUCGAAUUUCAACGUUGACAGCUCGGAGUCUGUACAUGCGCAGGAUGACCAGUCUUACUAUCUGCCACCAUUCGAUUAUGCAGAGGAUCUGAAGUACAUCAGUGUGGAGGCCACCUACGCCAGGAUAGAGGAGCAUGAAGCGGAGAUUGCAGCUCUACUAAAGGAGGCCGAGUUCAUCCUAUACAUCAGCGCACACAGACAGUACGAGUAUUGCCACCUUCAAGACGUGGACGACGAAGAGCGGCGAAAGCGUCUCGAAGAGCUCCAGCUCCUGCAAAUCACAUAUAACAAGCUCCGCAGCGCCGCCGAGCAGCUCCAAUCGCGGCUCAUCAACUGGCGCAUGUCGCUGCAACACAAAGCCCUCAUGGACUCCCCCACAACGCCCGCGAGCCCAGUAACCGCCUGGCUGCCCCCCUCAACCCACGACUUCAAAACCCACAACCCGGCCCUCGCCAUCCAGGAACUCGAGCGCACCCAGGCCGCCCUCGACGCCGAGGUCCGCAGCUUCGAGGCCAGCAUCGCGCACCCGGGCUACACGCAGGACAAGAAAGCGCGCUGGCGGCUGGAUCUCGAGGACGGCCGGUCGCUGCUGCGCGUCGCGGACAAGGUGGUGUGGGAGUUUGAGAAGAUGCAGGACGCGGCGCGCAGGCGGAGUGUGCUCGAGCGCGAGCCGAGCGAGCCGGCGAGGGAGCAGCAGGCUGGCGCUGAGCCGGCGGCGGCGGCGGCGCGUGCAGAGGGCGCGGCAGUGGCGAAGCGCGCGGAUGGCGGGUUGGAGGUUGGCAAGUCGUGA